UUCAGGCCCCACCAUCACAUCUCCUUCUCUCUCUCUCUGUUGGAAGAAAAAAAAUUCUGGCUUUUUUCCGCUAAAUUGCAUAAAAUAAGAAACACCCACAUCUUUUCUUUUCCUCUUCUUCUUCUUCUUGUUUUUUAAAUAAUAUUCAUCUCAGUUGGAUGUAAUAAUAAACACCCACUUCUUCUUUCUACCACAUUUCUCAGCUCAGUCGAGUGAAAUAAAGAAACACCCACUUCUUCUUUCUACUAUUUCUUCAGCUCAAUUGCUUGAAAUAGAAAACACUCACAUCUUCUUCCUACUACUACUUUAUCAAAUCAUUUUUUUAAAAAAAAAAAAAGAGAAAAAAGAAAGAAAGAAACCCAAUUUCAAUCUUCUUCCAUUUCUUCUUCUUCUUCUUCUUCUUCAAUUAUGGCUUUUUCAUUGUUCCAUAGCACCACCCUCAAUCCAUUUUUAACGUUCUUCUUCAAAAGCAACCAUUCUUUUCCCAUUUCCAAGGACUACUCUGACCACUUCCCAGCUUCCCUCCAUCACAAGCACUCCUUUGCCGGUAAUGACAUCGAAAGAAGUAGUCCGCAGAAAAGGGUGACUGCCGCUUCUGCUGUCAAAGAAGGUCCGGUUACCAUUUCGACAGUGACCCAUGAUGGCGGGGCCCUCCCGCAGCAGCGGAAGGUUCGAAUUCUUAUAGCCGGGGGUGGGAUCGGCGGGCUGGUUUUCGGUCUAGCUGCAAAGAGGAAGGGAUUUGAUGUGAUGGUGUUCGAGAGGGAUGUGAGCGCGAUCCGAGGUGAAGGGCAGUACAGGGGCCCAAUUCAGAUACAGAGCAAUGCGUUGGCUGCUUUGGAAGCCAUCGAUCCAGCAGUCGCUGAGGAGAUCAUGGCGGCCGGUUGCAUCACGGGAGAUCGGAUUAAUGGACUGGUUGAUGGAAUUUCUGGUGCUUGGUAUAUCAAGUUUGAUACAUUCACUCCUGCAGCGGAAAGGGGCCUCCCCGUCACGAGGGUAAUUAGCAGAAUGACUUUGCAACAAAUACUGGCUCGGGCAGUUGGUGAAGAUGUUAUUAUGAAUGAAAGUAAUGUUGUUGAUUUUGAAGAUGGUGGAGAUAAGGUUACUGUGAUACUUGAGAACGGACAGCGUCAUGAAGGUGACCUUCUUGUUGGUGCUGAUGGUAUAUGGUCAAAGGUGCGGAAGAGAUUGUUUGGGCCCAAAGAGGCCUCAUACUCAGGCUACACGUGCUACACUGGUAUUGCAGAUUUUGUGCCCGCAGAUAUUGAAACAGUUGGGUACCGGGUAUUUUUGGGCCACAAACAAUACUUUGUUUCUUCAGAUGUGGGUGCUGGAAAGAUGCAAUGGUAUGCCUUUCACAAGGAGCCACCAGGUGGUGUUGAUGUUCCCAAUGGUAAAAAGGAAAGACUGCUUAAGAUAUUUGGGAACUGGUGUGAUAAUGUUGUUGACUUGAUACUAGCUACAGAUGAGGAAACGGUUCUUCGUCGUGACAUAUAUGAUCGGAUACCUAUUUUUACUUGGGGAAAAGGUCGUGUAACCUUGCUUGGGGAUUCUGUUCAUGCUAUGCAGCCAAAUUUAGGUCAAGGUGGCUGCAUGGCUAUUGAGGAUAGCUAUCAACUUGCUUUAGAGCUUGAGAAAGCUUGGAGAGAGAGUGUUGACUCAGGAAAUCCUAUUGAUAUUCCAUCUUCUCUAAAGCGUUAUGAGAGAGAAAGAAGAUUGCGUGUUGCUAUUAUCUAUGGAUUGGCAAGGAUGGCUGCCAUCAUGGCUUCCACUUACAAACCAUACUUGGGUGUGGGGCUUGGACCACUAUCGUUUUUGACCAAGUUCCGGAUUCCACAUCCUGGAAGAGUUGGUGGGAGAUUUUUUAUUGAUAUUGGAAUGCCUUUGAUGCUGAGUUGGGUCUUAGGCGGUAACAGCUCAAAUCUUGAAGGGAGACCACUAAGCUGCCGACUCUCUGACAAAGCAAGCAACGAGUUACGGAGAUGGUUUGAAGACAAUGAUUCAUUGGAGCGUGCACUUAAUGCGGAGUGGUAUCUUCUCCCCACGAAAAAUGAAACUAAUGGUGCAUUGCAACGUAUUCAUUUAAGUAGGGAUGAGCAUAAGCCGUGCAUAAUUGGGAGUGUUUCGCAUGGAGAUUUGCCUGGAAUUUCAGUAGCUAUAUCUUUACCCCAGGUAUCUGAAAAGCAUGCACGUAUCCACUGCAAAGACAAUGCCUUCUACUUGACUGAUCUGCGCAGUGAUCACGGCACCUGGAUUACUGACAUUGAGGGGAGACGAUACCGAGUGCCUCCAAACUUCCCUGUUCGAUUCCAUCCAUCUGAUGUCAUUGAGUUUGGUUCUGAUAAGGCUGCAUUUCGAGUGAAGGUGCUGAAAGCUCUUCCAGAAACCGGGAUGAAGAACGAUAAUCAAAUUCUACAAGCAGCGUGACAAGAAGCAGCUACUGUGAUUGAAGUACCGUGAAAUUGUACAGCAUGAAAGCAAACAGGCAGAACAACGUAGUGGUGCUCUUUGCCCCUGAUAUCAAUCAAAACUAAAGGUCAUACUAGAGCUGGGGGUAGUGUGUAUAGAUUAAUUCAUCUUCACCCCAUUUAGGAGACGGAUAAUGAAAUAUUUUUUUGUAUAUCGAAGAAAAACUAAAAGGAAGAUCCGAAUACAAACAUUCCCUGCCCAGUA